AUGGAGGGCGGUGCGAGACCGAGCUCGGUGUUUCCGAGAAAUCAGGAUCAGGUUCUCAAACGUGCUGAGUUGCACUUUGUGACCGAGCAGACUGCGAGGCAUGAGCGGUCUUGGGAGGGGAAGGUGGAUAAACCUGCAUGUCCCAACUUCAACGCAAUCUGGGCCUAUGCCACGCCUAAUAUGCGAAGGUUGUACAUUGACUGUGUCAAGUAUGUUGAAACAAAAGGUUGGCAUUGUAUGUACGCAGACUACGAAUGUUCCCUGAAAGCAUUGUACGAGGAAUAUUAUGCGCGUACUGAUCAGAGAGCGGCUGAGAUGACCUCUUGUGUUGAUUUUGCCGAUUUUAAGGUCUUCGUUGACAGUAUCGAUUCUGAAUCGAACUUUCCACAGAACGCUGUAUCAAAGGAAGAAAGUGGUGAUAAUGAUGUCGUUCCCGAUCUUAUGCUUGUUGAUCAGGCAGGACGAGAACCAGAAACAGAGAUGGAAGCUGCCCCUUCAGACGUGGACGUCCCUAUGACGGACCCGGCUGAGCAGUCUUUGGAGUGCGGUAUCAAGGAUGCUGACAGCCAAGAGAUUAUUGCUUUAGAGAACGCUGUGGCUAAAGGUGCCGAUGUAUUGAAGGAGCUCCAUGCGGUUUUUGCAGGCUCAACUGCUUUUGGCACUGAGACAGACCGGAAAGCUGAGAUCGAGCGGAUCCAGAAAUAUGCCUGCACGGAAAAGGUGAUCAUCGGAGUGGUUGGAAGCACUGGUGCCGGAAAAUCAUCGCUCAUCAACGCAGUCCUCGAUGAGAAAGCCGUCUUGUCUACAGACUGCAUGCGUGCCUCUACCGCUGUUGCAACAGAAAUUUCCUACAACUACAGAAGCACGAAGUACAGAGCAGAAAUCGAGUUUAUCAAGCAUAUUGAGUGGGAACGUGAAUUGGAAGUGUUAUUCGCAGAACUCCAGGACCAUCAAGAGGAAGUGACUCGAGGUGCUAUACCCAAGAAUUCGGAUGCAGCGGUGGCACUGGACAAGAUCCAGGCGGUCUAUCCUACGAUGACUGCAGAUAAUAUAUUGAACACCUCCGCAGCCGACUUGAUGGCUAAUAGGAGAGUUACUGAUCUUCUGGGAACCACUAAGGCUUUCGAAGGAAGCGAUCCAAGAGCCUUUUCUAUGAAAUUAAAAUCGUACAUUGACAGUAAAGGCAAGCGUGGCCGAUCGAAGAAGUCUGCUAGAAGUCAAGAUGCUGCUGAACAUCCAGAUUCCGCUAGCGACACGGACACAGCCAAUCAGGGUAUUGGACUUUGGCCCCUUGUGCGUGUUGUGCGAAUUUACACCAAAGCCCCAGCCUUAGCGACUGGUGCGGUCUUGGUGGAUCUUCCUGGCAUUUUUGACUCAAAUGCAGCACGAGUUGCUGUUGCCGAAGAUUACAUGCGACGAUGUUCGGCUCAUUGGAUUGUGGCCCCAAUCAACCGGGCUGUCGAUGAUAAAGUCGCUCGGGACCUGCUUGGGAAGAAUUAUAAGCUACAAAUGCAGAUGGAUUGUGCAUUCAAUGACAUGACCUUCAUUUGCACAAAGACCGACGACAUUGUCCCGACUGAAGUUAUCCAGUCUUUGGGUCUCGAUUUGCCAGCAUUCAAUGAGGUCCAACAGCUGCCAGCCAGGGUUGAAUUGAUGAUGGGUGAAAUCGACGCCCUGGAAGAAGCUAAGAAGAAAAUCUCCACGCAGCUGGACUUGAUAGAGACCGAGAUUGAAGACCUUGAAGAACGUCUCAACGAUGAGUUCGGCUGUGAUGUACUGGAGAUAACCCCAAAACGAAAGAAGCCUCACGGACAUGAGCCCUCUGAGACGCCAACAGUCCACGAGGCAAGCGCCACGGAACUUUCGGAGGUGGACAAGCUUAAGAACCAAUUCUUGAAGCUCAAGGUUGAGCGUAAAGCCCUACGGUCUCAGCGGAAGCAUAUCAACCAGCAAAUGGAGAACAAAGAGGCGGAGCUGCAGAAGCUGGAAGACGGAAAGAAAGAAAUGGAACAUGCUGUCCUAAGUUCCUGCAUAGAGGCAAGGAACAGGUUUUCGAAAUGCCAAAUCAAGCGUGGCUUUGCCUUGGAGAUUCAGAGUCUGGACCAGGAAAUUGCCGACGAUGACAGCGAAAACCCAGUACAGGCCCCAGUUUGCAAGGAAGAUUCGUCUCGUAGGUUCCUCACCCAAUUGAACGAGCUCUUUCAGUCGAUGACGCUUUGGUAUUCUGUGAGGUCGGCCGCAGAUGUAUCUGAACAAAGGGUGAAGGAACUUGAGGCCGGAUUUGAAUGUGCUUUGGAUGCCCUAGAUGAAGAUAUGGGAGCGCAUAAGAAUCGGUUUAACCGGACUGUCAGGGACAUUUUCCAACAGAAUAUCCUGAACAAGCUCACUAAUGGCACAGGCGGAGCAUCGCGCCACGCAAUCCUCCAAUUUCCCGAAGCUGUUUCGCGCUGGAAUGAGGGACUCCGAUGGAAUACCUACAAGGCCAUCUGUCGCCGGCGAGGAGUAUACCGUACUACGCCGAUCCAGGACUGGAAUCGAGACCUAGCCCGACCCAUGUUUGACAAGAUCGCUGCCGCCUGGAGAAGGUACAUCUACGACCGAAAGAGUUUGAACGAAUCUAACGUGAACAGGACUUUCAACGAGCUACUACCUCAUGCGAUGCGUACUAUGACGGAUGAUCUGGAAGUCGUACUCGGGCGAUUCCACAAGAAGGCCAUUGAUUCCGUCGAGCAAGAUGUUUCCGAUGAGACCAAGAAGAGAUUGCAAAGCACCCUCGUCGCAUGCCAACAGUCGAUGCGUCAGCGAUUCUGGGAGAUGAGAAAGUCGACCACGCUGGAACAGAAGCGUAUCAGUCGAGCUUUUGCGGAGGCGAUCGCUGAGCGACUUGAAGACACCUACCGGGCGUGUGCCUCCGAGACGGGACUAGGAAGCUGGAAGCGCAGUAGGGCACUGAUGCAACAGGUGGCCGACGAUCACGCCAAGGAAGUUCUCCGAGGCAGUACGGAGCACGCGAAGCACGAGCUCGAGGAGCUUCUGGACAGUCAGGAAGCUGAGGUGGAUCAGAUAAUCCAGUCUCGUCUACGGCGGAUCUCACGGGAUUACCAUGGAGCGCUGAUCGCGCCACAAAUCCAGCUGUGUACGGAAGAGCAGGCUCGGAUUAAAAGGGAGGUCGCGAAGAUUGUCGAGAGAGCUGAGGCGGAGUUGCAACUGGGACAUCUUUUGGGAGGCGUUCGUUCGUCGUAA